AUGGACCUGAGCGGGGCCGUGGUGUGGUUCAUUUCUGGCAUCGCCAACAAAAAGAGUUUCACAGAACUGACCUAUGUAUCGCCUUGCAUCACACUGAGUUUCCUUGCCAACUUUAAGUGCUUCUUCCUCUUUCUGAAUGAAGAUAGUGUUGAUAAGCUCCUUGAAAAGUUGAGAGAGUUGGAGAUGAAUGAGAGAGCUCGUCCGAAACAUAAGGAUAAAGAAGCCAUUAUGAUUCAUGAGUACAAAUUUCUGACCAAUCUCAUUUCUUUUCUAAAUCUUUUCUUUUGCGGGUUGAUUGUAGCUUUCGCUUUAGGUCCUGUAGCUAUAACUAUUUUUAUAUAUGUCACUACUAAUGAGGUAGACUUGCAGUUACCGUUUCUCAUCAUUUAUCCUUUCGACGCUUUUACGAUGAAAUAUUGGCCGUGGGUGUAUCUUCAUCAAAUUUGGUCAGAAGUCGUGGUGAUAGUAGGUCUUGGUGCAGCAGACUAUCUCUUCUACACAUUCUGCUCAAACAUAAGUGUUCAGUUCCAACUUUUGAAAUACAACAUUGAACAUUUGAUUCCUGAUGAUGAGACUUGUGGACGUUUACCCAACAUUGAAGAAAUUAGAACUGAAUUGGUUGAUUUGAUAAAAUGGCAUCAGGAUUUAAUAAGUUCAGUGAAACUUCUGGAGACAAUAUACACGAGAUCGACUCUGUUGAACUUUGUUUCCAGCUCUGCACUCAUCUGUCUAACUGGAUUCAAUGUCUUGGCAGGCAGUGAUUUCGUGUAUGUGAUGACAUUUGUGAGUUUCCUAUUCUUGAGUGCGUUGCAGAUAUUCUUUCUGUGUUUCUUUGGAGAUCUGUUGUUGAAUUCGGCCAGGGCUGCAGUACUUUAUUGCGUUUGCACCCACAACCCUGGAUAUAAUAAAAUAAUAGAUGCUAACUCCAAAGCACUCCUCAAUUCGCCACUGCACUGGGUACUCACGUGUGUUACCGCAUCAGUACUUUCCUCAUCAGCAGCGGUACCAACAAUACCGUGGCUGGACGGUGGCAUCAUAGCUGGUACCACAGUCCGCGGCGAGGAGGCAUUGGCACGGCUAGCCAAAUGCCAAAUGCCAAAUUUAAACCAGAAAAGAGUACAGAUGUCCACUCGGUCGGAAUUUGGCAGAAUCUGGUAUUACUGA